AUGCAAGCGAUCCUCCCUGGCCGACCACAAGCUCAACUGCAGGCGGUAUCGACAGGGGCUUUUGAAGGGCAGACGGUCAUUUGCUACAUCUCGGGCAGCGCUCUCAUCAUCUGCAAUGGGCCCGACUCGCUCCUGCAGACCAUCUACCAUGACGACCUCGUUCCCACGUCUGCGCUUGUCGCCGUCGCCUACGAUGACCGAAGCGCAAAGAUCGCGACAGCCUCGAACAACAAUGUCUACAUCUACGUCUUGCGCGAGGAGAUCAAGGGCCAGUUGCGCUGGUUUCUUGACAUGACCUUCUCCUUGGCCUCUAGCGGCAUCCGCAGCCUCUCAUGGGGCACCGACGAUGAGCUGCUCGUCGCGUCCGACAAGAUGCUUCUGCUGUCGACCCAGGACCAAUCCAUCCGCUGGACUCGUUCUCUGCCGUCGCCCGUGUCGCAUGCCACCUUCUCGCCUUCGGCCGCCCUCCUCGCGACCACGUCGCAAUACGAUCGACUCGUCAAGGUCUGGCGCCGUCUCUCAUUCGAAUCCGCCAUCUUCGACUACGCAUACCUCUCCCACCCAGACAUUGUCACCCACGUCGAAUGGAGGAAGGACUCGGCCGACGAAGACGUCCUCUACACCAUCUGUCUGGACGGUCGAUUACGAGUCUGGAAGACGGGCCUACCCCACCACACCGACGUCCUUGGCCUCUACGCAGACCUCGAUCUGACCAAGGCAGUCCGUCCUCUUGUACCCUCCAACCGUCGCUAUGCCUUCCUCGUACCUUCGUCCGUCUUCUCAGAUGCUGUCGAGCAUGCUGUCAGCACCCCGACCCUUCCCGCCGAGCGACACGCCAUCGAGUACAUGAAAGAGCUUGCAAAGAGGAAUCCAGACAUUGUUGUUGUAACGGACGAUCAAGGACACAUGAGCGCGUGGGGGCUGGAGAAUGUCGGCUGCAAGAAGAGGACGAGCGACACGGAACACGGCGAUUUCUUCCACGCGACUCAUGUCGAGAACCUCUUCUUCGACUUUUCCAAGCACGCCCACGUCGACGAAGACAAUGCUCGCAUCAUCAACUUCGCUCUGCCUGGUCAGCCAGGAGACAUUGCACUGUUGGUCCACCACUUCGAUGGCCGACUUCAGUGGUACCAAGGCAGCGUGCAUCAUGUCUUUGAUCCUUCACCACGAAAACACCGUAUGCGCAACCUGGCUUCCUGGACUGGUCACUCGUCGUCGAUCAAGAAACUUAUCCGAACCGCCAACGGAUCCGCCGUCAUCUCGCGCACCGAUACCGACGAAGGCGUUGUCUGGAAGCACCGCGCAAAGUUCCUGGUCAGAAAGAGCAAGGUCAAGCUGCAAGAACACAUACACCGCACUGUCCUGCUAGAGGAUGGUGAUUUUGUCGUCCUCCUGCACCACGAGAGCAUUUCUCUGUGGGAUGCUCGUCUUCCCAAUGCAAACAAGAUCGGCCGCUGUACAUACUCGGUCUCUGGCAAGCCGCUCUGCCUCGUCUUGCUCCCUGCUCCCGAAGAUGCUGGCCAUCUGUCAUACCUCGCCACUGUGACUGCCGACAUGCAUGGUGUCGUUUGGGAGCUCGAUCUUGCCACUCCUUCACCAACCAUAACCGAGUUUUGUGUCUUCCAGCUCGACCGCAUUGACAACAUGUCGUAUUUCUUGCCCGUCGACCCUGCAGGCAGCUCGCCAGUAGUCUCCGGCCUCUUCGACACAUUUGCCCAGGAUGUCGCUGUUUCGUGGACAACUACUGGUAUCCUCCAAACAUGGACCGCCAAGGUCGACCGACAGAACAAGUCUGUGACUUGGUUGAACAUCUCGACUACCGAUACAACUAUCCAGGAUCCUUCGCUCGGCAGUGGUACUUCGAUCCGCAAAGCUGCCUUGGUCGACAAGACUCGCUCUACCCUCACCAUCUGGGACACUAAAAGUGGACGUCUUGACUACGAGGAGACUUUUGAGAACCAGACCAUACAAGACCUCGACUGGGCUUCGACUCCUGACAACCAAUCCAUCCUUGCCGUUGGCUUCCCUCACUCUGUCUUCGUCUAUACUCAGCUCCGAUACGACUACGUUACCGAACGCCCUUCCUGGGGUCGCAUCAAGCAAAUCAAUGUUCGCAAUCUGUCUCCUCAUCCCAUCGGAGACUCUGUCUGGCUGGGCUCUGGCAAUUUGAUCAUCGGCGCUGGCAAUCAGCUCUACCUUGCCGGAAACGAGAUUGACCCGCAGAAAGAUCUUUCGCCAGACUUGCACAGCUCAACUCCGCACAAGUCGUCCACCCGCAUUCAAGAUGUUGUUCGCAGACUCAACGGUCCGCUGCCUGUAUUUCAUCCACAGUUCAUAUCACAAUGUAUUCUUGCUGGCAAGAUGGAUAUUGUGCACCGCAUCCUGCUUAAUCUACAAAAGACGCUCAAGUUCUACACUGAGGGUGACGACCUCGACUCUUUCCAAGGCCUUGACAUAGACGACUUCAUGUCGUCCACUGAAAAAUCUUCGAAUUCCAGUAAACAACUGCACAAGUCGUACAGCACUCUCGACAUGGAAGAAGAGUCGACCGCUGUCACCGAAGAAGUGGCCCAAUCACUUGUCUCCCUGCUCUCCGAGAAAUCUGUUCCCCAGCUGUCAAGCACGGAACAGCUCAGUCUGGCCGACAUAAUCGAAUGCGUCGGUGUGGCAGAGAAGCAUCGCCGCUCAAUCGAUGAAAACGCAGCUCGCUAUCUGCUCUUCUGGAGAGAGACCGUCAUGCGCUCGCGCCAGUCGUCUUCUUCAGCCGCUGUGACUUGGCGCGAGAUGCUCUGGGCGUAUCACAGCAGUAGCCAGGAUAUCCUUGUCGACAUUGUUACUCGCCAAAACAAGGGACAAAUGACAUGGUCGCAUGCUCGAGACACUGGUGUCUUCGUCUGGCUCACCGAUCGAGAAGCACUCCUCCAACAAUUCGAAGCCGUUGCAAGAAGCGCCUACACAAACACUGAACUCCGUGAUCCCGUCAACUGCUCUCUACACUACCUUGCGCUACGCAAGAAGAACGUUCUAACAGGCCUGUGGCGCAUGGCUACCUGGUCAAGGGAACAAGCUGCUACUAUGCGUCUCUUGAAGAACGAUUUCACCGACCCACGAUGGCGCACUGCUGCAAAUAAGAAUGCCUACGCGCUAAUGGGCAAGAGGCGAUUUGAGUACGCUGCUGCUUUCUUCCUUCUUGCCGAUAACCUUGACUCUGCCGUCUCGGUCCUCAGCAAUCAGCUCGGCGAUGUUCAAUUGGCAAUCGCUGUUGCCCGUGUUUAUGGCGGAGAUGACUCACCUUCACUGAAGAAGUUCCUCAAUGAGCGCGUGCUACCUAAUGCAGCCCUUGACGGCAACCGAUGCCAGGCGACCUGGACAUACUGGAUGCUCGGAGAACGAUCGCUGGCUGUGCGUGCGCUCGUCAGCCCUCUGCACUCGUUGCUUGACCCGCCUGGCUCACCACCAGAUUCGCUACAAGCAAAGAGCUUCCGCAAUGACGACCCUGCACUUGUCGUCCUCUACCAACAAUUGCGAGAGAAGAGCUUGCAAACAUUGAGAGGCGCUCUUAUGAUCAGCGGCAACGAAGAGUGGGAGUUCAUUACCAAAACUGCGACGUUGCUUUUGCGCAUGGGUUGCGACAUCCUCGCUCUAGACUUGGUGCGACACUGGGAGUUCUUGCAGCCGCCACCUGUCGCGAAACAGGAAGAAGAAGAGGUUGACGAAUCCGUUGCUGAACUACCACGUCGCAAAUUGUCAAGGACUACCACCGAUGACUUUGACCCAAGGAAACUGCUUCGUCGUCGCAGCAGUCUUGUCGUUGCCGACUUGCCAGAGGAGCCACGGAAGAAAGAAGGCUCAGGGGUCGACGCACAAGAGGUCUCGAAGACUGGCAGGAUAAGCGACGAGAAGGGGGACGAGUACAAAUUGCCGAAGGGCUUGAAACAGCCGCCACCAGAAGCAUUCAAAGAGCCCGAUCCCAAUUCUUUGCUUGAUGCGUUUGGAUUCUGA